UUUUGAUGCUCAUUUCCAACUGUUUCCUUGCAGAUUUUGGGUUGGACACGUGGCUUCAAAUCAUCCACACACAAUAGAAGAAGAAAACAAAUACCACCAUUCCUCCUAGAAAUUUUCCAGACCGGUGCUUCUGCUGCUUGGCUAUUUUCCAAAGCUUCAUCCACAUAGAAAUUGACAUUGACAAUGAAGAAGAAAAUAAAUUUCACCACUUGGAUGAGCAAACCUCACCGACCCAUAGGUUCAACUCGCACUCAUGAUGAUGGCUGGAUUUUAUUUUUUAUGCCCUGUGUUUUUGCAGCAAACAUGGAAUUUCUCACAAGAUAUAUAUACAUUUUCUAGAUGGAAUUACUAUUACACUAUUCUUUGCAUCAUUGUCGGCAUUGUUGCUGCCGUAACGCUGUUGAAGUUGGUAAUCCAAAGCUCUGCUUCCACCGUUGCAACUCCUGGCAGGCAGGCAGCAAUGGCAUCAUCCUGUUUUAGCAUGGUAUCGUUGUACGGAAGCUAUCUGCAGCGUUGUAUGUCGAGGGCUGGCCUCUCUUCCCAAACCAUGGACAUUGACGAUGAAACUACGCUCCACUUUUGGGGACCCAAUUAUUCAUCUUCAUCUUCUUCUUCUUCUUCAUCAAAGAAACCAAAGAAACCAGCAGUGGUUUUGAUUCACGGAUUUGGGCCAGAUGCGUUAUGGCAAUGGCGGAAACAGGCGGUGUUCUUGGCGCAUGAUUUCGAGGUAUACAUACCAAACCUGGUGUUCUUCGGAAACUCAACCACAAAAUCAGGAAAGAGGUCGGAGGUAUUCCAGGCAGAAUCAGUGGGAAAACUUGUAGAGAAGCUAGGGAUAAAGAGGUAUUCGGUAGUGGGGACAAGCUACGGGGGAUUCGUGGCGUACCGAAUGGGGUUGAUGUGGCCGGAGAGGGUAGAGAAAGUGGUGAUAGCCAGUUCAGGAGUCAACAUGAGUCCCACUGACAACCCGGACCUUCUCAACAGAGCUCAACUCCACAAGAUUGAGGACCUCAUGUUGCCUGCCUCCCCUUCCCACUUGCGCACUCUCCUCUCUCUCGCUGUUUUCAGGCCUCUCCACUACAUCCCUGAUUUCUUCUUAAAUGACGUCCUUCAUAAGUUGUACUCCGGAAACAGGAAGGAGAAGAUGGAACUCCUCAAGGGACUCACCCUUGGAAGGGACGAUACAGAGAAUUUAUCCCCUCUUCAGCAGGAGGUAUUGAUUGUGUGGGGUGAGCACGACCAGAUAUUUCAGCUGGAGAAAGCUAUCAAACUCAAGGAGUUUCUGGGAGAGAAGGCGAGACUGCAAGUGAUAAGCAACACUGCACACGUGCCCCAAAUUGAAGACCCAACCCACUUCAACAAUAUCAUCGAACUUUUCUUACAUGGAAAUGGCUGUUUUUGAUUUGAAUAAUAUUAGAUAUCAUGAAAUAUAUUAUGAAAAUUUUUCAUUCUUUAAUUAGUAUGUGGUGUUUUAUUAUAUGUGUAAUUUAAAGGUUGAUUAUUUUCAUGAUAUUUUCUUCUUGAUCCCUAA